AAAAUGAUAUAUCAAGAUUUGAAAAUUUAUGAUCACUUCAACAACGUUGUUAAAUGUAUCAAAGUAGGUUUUGGAUAAAUUGAUUGUUACAUCUUUUGCUUCUUUCUUUCUCCUCCUAAUUUCAUGCUCUGUUCUUCAAUCUUUUUAAAAGCCAAAGCCCCCAAUCAAUCGACGACUCCUUUUAAUUUCUUUUGAAAAACAAAAAAGUAAAAGACAGAAAGAAGGUGAUAGCAGCACUUAAAUUUAGAGCAAACAUACGAAAAGGAAUUGUUUAGAAACAUAAAUAUUAAGUUAUUAAUUAGUGUCAUGUGUAACUUGUUCAAUUGUCCCGAGUCAAAGUCAUCGAUCGAUCUGUGGUCGAAUAUUGCAGUUUUCUCAUCUUCGUCAUAUAAACCUCAGUUAUUUACAUAUCCCUCCACUGCCUUUCCAGAGCCCACAUCUGUUUUCUCCUCUCUCUUCCAUUCUUAGCUACCUCUUUUUCCCAAUACUUCACUUGUUCUCAUGUGUAACUUAGUUGAUUUCUUGUGAUACAAUAUCUCAUCAUCUUCUGCUCCGCAUUAGCGUGGAGUUUCUAACAACAGUUUCGUUGUUUCCUUAUUACCUGAAUCUGCUCCCCCUCUGUUAUUCCUUCCCUUUCGCUUUUUGCUUUAGAACACCCCCCCUUUCUCAAAAAAAAAAAAAGCAUGGAAAUUAUUACGGGCGCUGCUGGCAACAUUGUUACCGAAGUUGUGAGAUACGUAUUCCAAAAAAUUAGACGUAAUUUCAGCUAUAGAAGAAUGGUUUCGGAUUUCGAGAAGAAAGUCGAGACGUUGAAAGACAACAGAGACAGAGUGCUGCUAGAUGUUGAUGCUGCUCGAAAGAACGACGAGAAUAUAUACCCCGAAGUCAACACUUGGCUGGAGAAAGCCGACAAAAUGAUCGGUUCAGAGUUGAAGGAAGUGAAGGGUCUUGAAGACAAAGCAAAGAACAAGUGCUUCAUCGGCUUGUGCCCAAAUUUCAAUGCUCGCUAUCAGCUGAGCAAAAAAGCAGAAGAAGGUGCCGGUGCCGUUUAUGAACUCCUCCAGCAAGGCGGGUUUGUCAAAGUAUCAUAUCGGGAUGUCCCGCAGCCCGUAGUGGCUGUGCCUCCCAAAGAUUUUGACGACUUCGAUUCAAGAAAAUUGGUGUUUAACAAGACCAUGGAGGCGGUGAAAGAUCCUAAUCUCAACAUUAUAGGGGUCUAUGGAAUGCCCGGUGUCGGCAAGACCACGCUUGUCAAAGAAGUUAUUAGACAAGUCAAAGAAGAUAAGUUAUUCGACUCGGCGGUUAUGGCUGUUGUGACUCAUACUCCUGACGUCCGAAAAAUUCAAGAUCAAAUUGCAGAUAUGUUGGGGUUGAAAUUUGAGGAGCAAAGUAUGAGUGGAAGAGCAAGUCGGUUGUGCCAAAGGUUGAAGAAAGAGAAGAAGAUUCUUGUUGUUUUAGAUGACAUUUGGGCAAAAUUAGACCUGAUGGAAGUAGGGAUUCCUUUGGGAGACGAGAAUCAGAGAUGCACCAUACUGCUGACAUCCAGAGAUCUAAAUGUUUUGUUGAAGGACAUGGAUGCUAAAAAGAGUUUUCCAAUCGGAGUUUUAGAACAUGAAGAAGCUUGGGAGUUCUUCAAGAAGAUUGCAGGGGACGGUGUUGAAAGUUCUGACUUGUUACCUAUAGCAACUGAGGUUGCUAAAAAAUGUGGUGGUCUACCAAUCGCCAUAAGAACACUUGCAACGUCUUUGAGAAAUGAACCUCCAUAUGUAUGGGAGGAUGCUUUGCGACAACUAAGCAAGCCAUCGUCGAGCAACUUCAAAGGAGUACCAGGAACUGUAUAUUCAACCAUAGAGUGGAGUUACGAUCGUUUACAAAGCGAGGACCAUAAACAGACUUUCUUACUUUGCAGUCUAUUGGGUCAUAAUCUUCAUCUUGAGUUUUUGCUUAUGUGUGCAAUGGGGUUAGGGUUAUUUCGUGGUGUCAGCACAGUUGACAAAACACGAAACAGACUGUUGACAGUGGUGAGUCAUCUCAAAGCUUCUUGUUUGUUACUUGACGGUUAUAACAAUCUACGCCUUGAUAUGCAUGAUCUUAUUAGCGAUGUAGCCAUGUCAAUUGCUGCCAACCACGUUUUUGUUUUAAAACACGAAGAUGUUUUGAAUGAUUGGCCAGAUGAUGAAACGAUGAAAGAGUGUGAAAAAAUAUCUUUGGUGUAUAUGUAUCCUAUUAUCAACAAGCUUCCUGGUCAGUUGAAAUGCCCCAAACUUACACUUUUCAAUAUGAAUAGCAAGGAUCCUUUGACGAAAAUACCAGAAAACUUUUUUAAGGAAAUGAAAAAUCUCAAAGCCCUAUCUUUGUUUGACAUGAAUUUACCGACCUUGCCUUCAUCAAUUUCCUUGCUACCAAACCUUCGAACAUUAUGCUUCUAUAGUUGUGUGUUGGGAGACAUUACCCUUAUCGGAGAGCUCAAGAAUCUGGAAAUUCUUAGCUUUGAUAGUUCUGAUAUUGAAAUGCUACCGGAGGACUAUUUUGAAGGACGUUGGGCCGGUGACCUUAAUGCCACCGUGGAGCAGUUAUACAAAGAGCAGGUUGGAUACCGUGGUCUAAAGUGUUUGAAGUUGUCAGAGUUUCCGGAGCUGGUAGACAUAUGGAGUAGAAAUCACCAAGAAUUGUUGGAUUUUACAACCCUAGAAUUUCUAGAGGUUUGUGAUUCAAACAAUUUGAGAUACAUUUUUAACCUCUCAACGGCCUUCAGCCUGAGGCAACUCCAGAAAAUGGAAAUCAAGAGAUGUGAGAAUUUGGAACAAGUCAUAAAAGAAGAGGGUUCAAUUAUAACGGUUGAGAAAGCAAUAUCAGAUAGUAGCAAGAUCAUUAGCAUAUUCCCUCGUCUACAAUCUAUUACAGUGGAGUCUUGUCCAGAUAUGACAAGCUUUUACAGGGGAAGUAAAGGUCUUGAAUGUCUAUCCUUGAUUAACAUUAAGGUAAUUGACUGUUCAAACAUGACUACUUUUGCUUCCACAUUUUCAAGAGAUGAAGACAAAGAAGCAAUAAUUGGUGACGAAGUUGAUAACCUUGCUGCAUUUUUCUCCAAUAAGGUUGCUUUUCCCAAUGUGGAGAAAAUCACAAUCUCCCAUUUGACGAAGGCAAAGAGGAUAUGGCACAGCAAACUUCAUACGAAUUCAUUUUCUAUGCUAAAAGAGUUGACUGUUAAGGAAUGUGAUGUGUUGUUGAACAUCUUUUCACCUUUUCUUUUGGGGGGUUUCCGAAAUUUGGAGAAAUUAAUACUGACUGAUUGUGCUUCACUAGAAGAAGUGUUCCAACUCGAAGCGCAAUGGUUAAAUAUUGAAGAAACGUAUGAGGUAGACAGUCAAUUAAGAGAAGUGAAUCUCUUUCGCCUACCAAAGUUGAAGCAUGUCUGGACUAAGUAUCACAAAGGAAAUAUUUCUGUUAAAAGUCUACGACAAGUAAGGAUUCAAGAAUGUUGGAGCUUGAAAACUCUGUUUCCAUUUUCAAUUGCCAAAGAUCUUCAGCAACUUGAAAGUCUUAUUUUUGAAAGUUGUGGGUUGGAGGAGAUUGUCUCAAAGAAUGUUGAAGGAUCAGACCAACAGGAAAUUUGGUUUGCAUUUAAUCAGUUGUCCUUGCUUGAAUUUUGGAAUUUACCAUACUUAUCAUGUUUCUAUCCCGGAAGGCAUAGAACAACAUGGCCUGCAUUAAAUAAAUUGCGGAUAGAUGGGUGUGGGAGGAUUAAGAUAUUUGGGCAUGAAGAAUCCCAAAUCCAACAUUCACUUUCCCUAGUAGACAAGGUUGUCCCCCAAUUGGAGGAGGUUUCAUUUAGCCAUGAUGAUAUUCCGAUGAUAAGUGAUGGCCAGUAUGAGGCUGACUUAUUUUGCGAUAUAAAAUUUCUUCGGAUUUCUUGCUACUCUGAUGAAUCAGCUGUUUUCCCGAUUUCUUUCCUCAAAAGAUUUUACAAUCUUGAAAUCCUUCAUGUGGUUUCUUGCAAAUUCAAAGAGCUAGUUUCUUUCGAAAGCGGUGCAUCUGAAGAUAAAGACAUGAUCAUCACGAUCCCAAAAAUCAAGGAGUUAAGAUUAGAUGCGCUUAACAAUAUAAGACAUCUAUGGAAGCAAGACUCCCCGCUUGACCAUAUUUGUGCAAGUCUUGAAUGUCUUGAAGUUUGGCAGUGUGGCAAUUUGAUUAGUUUAGGAUUGGAUCAUUCAUUUUUUGAAAAUCUUACAACUUUAGAUAUUUGGAAAUGCGAAAAGAUGACAGAGUUGAUUACAUCCUUGAAAGCCCAAAGUUCGAUGUGCCUUGUGACAAUGAGGAUAAGAGAAUGUGAAAUGAUGAGAGAAAUAAUUUCAAGCAACGAGGAUGAAACAUCAUAUGAGAUUGUUUUCAAAGCGCUGAAACAUUUGGAGCUUCAUUGUUUACAAAGCCUUACAAGCUUUUGUUCAGGCAAUUACACUUUAAGGUUUCCAUCCUUGGAACAAGUUAUUUUGAGCCAGUGUCCCAGAAUAAAGAACUUCUAUCAAGGAGCACUAAGCACACCAAAACUUCAUAAAGUGCUGUUAACACAAACGGAUUUUGAAGGACGUUGGGCCGGUGACCUUAAUGCCACCAUUGAACAGUUAAACACAGAAGGUUGCUGCGGAUCUCAGCUGUGGAAAAAAUUGUGAUUGGGAGGAUCUUUGGAAUCUUAAAGCUAUCCCCAAGAUCAAAAUUUUUGUUCGGAACGCAUGCUGUAAUGCCAUAGCUUCCACAGAGAAUUUAGCCAAGAGACAUAUGGUAGAGAAUUCGAAUUGUCCAAUGUGUGAAGAAGGAAAGCAAACCAUCGAACACAUCCUCCUUUUUUGCCCACCAGCUCAAGCAACUUGGAGAGCCUCGAUGUUCAACUACACUCCUUCCCCUAAUGAUUUCCAAUCCUUAUCCGAUUGGUGGCUGAAAAUCAAGCAACUUCUUCAGAACUCGGGAGCGAAUACAGCAAUGAGUUGGAUUGCUUGGACGUGCUGGGGUAUUUGGAAGGCGCGCAAUGAGUGGAUGCUCGAAGGCCGUGAUGAGGACCCGGUGAACAUAUGGAACAAUGCGCUCAAAGGAUAUCACAACUUCAUGGAAAAUAUGCUCCCUCCAAAAGCAUCAGCCAUUACACUAAUCUGAUAAUGCCUCAUCUACUACCUCUAUUCUUCAUUGGAAAGGGUAUUGCAAGUUGGUAAAAUGGAUUGAUAUAGGCUUCCCCAUUCUGUCAAGGCUGAUACUUCUCAAGCUUUCAGCUCUACCAUUCCAUGCAUUGAAAACCAUGAAGCGGAUUGUUGAGGUUGUCUAAACUAUCGUGACCCUUUGGACAUGAGGAUCCGAAAUGGUCCACCACAUGAUAUGAAAGCGACUCAGAUAGCCCCUUUCUUCCGCAACGUCUGGAUUCGCAUUCGUGUAAUGGAAACACCCAUGCCUGACAGAUUAGCAAGAAGAUUAGCUUUGUAUAUAGCUCCUAUUAGAAUGUGGCCCUCCAUGCAGCUCAUGCACCAGCCAUCAGACCAAGCAGAGCAGGCCAAAACCAGAAGCUGUCGAGCCACUGUGCUGAAGCUGUUUAUUUUGUUUCUUUUGUAACCAUAGUUUAUGUAAUGUAUUCUAGUUCAUUUUAAACUAAGUUUAAUUUACAUUUGAUGUAAUUUGAUGUAAUUUGAUGCUGUAGGAGCUGAUGACCAACUAUACUUAAGUGUACAAGUUUAGUUUUGUAAGUUCCAAUGUAUUAGUGGUAGUUGGUAUAGAUUAGUUGACUUCAUGCUGAUUUUUGACAAGCAAAAGCUUGGUUUUAUGUAUUGGCAUUAUGCCAUUGUUCAGUUAAUGAAAAAUCAUUGAAUUUCAUUCAA